CCCACACACGAUCGCUCAUGCACACGCUCACGCUCACGAGGAACACACGGCACACACUUCUUGCCUCUCAUCUCAAUCUAUAAACCAGCAUGGAAGAACUUGACAUGCUUUUAGAAGAGUUGGCCAACAACUCCUCACAAACUGCAACUGGUCCUGAAACUAUACCACCCAAAACUCUCAUGCUGGGAGAUUCAGUUAAAAGGGACAACACAGCUAAGCAUGAACCGACUGAUUCCUCUAGACCAACAGCAACCUAUUUCAAUCAUACAUACAGUAUGCUUCCAACGCCGUUGGAGGCAGGAGUGAUGAGUCCCACCACGGCCACACGAGAGUUAGACUCCAUCAUGAAUGAACUUUUGAGUUUAGAUCUUGGGCUUCCGGAACAAGCACCCACAUCAAACCCACCUCCAAUCGCUCGCAAGUCGAUAAAGGACAGAAAUCCAGCAGCAACUACACAAUGUGAUCGUGGAAAACCAGCAGAGGAAAAUACACAAGCUAAGAAACCACAGCAUCCACCUCUGUCUGAAAAAAUAUCUAAGAGUGUGGAUGCCAUAGACGACUUGCUGGGCUCCCUUAGCUCAGACAUGGAGAAGAUGGGGGUCCACACAGCUGGCAAAGGCCACUGCGCUUCCUGUGGCAAGAUCAUCGCAGGAAAGAUGAUCACAGCUCUGGGUCAGGUGUGGCAUCCAGAACACUUUGUAUGUACGGUGUGCAGGGCAGAAGUUGGCACGUGUGGUUUCUUCGAGAGAGAUGGCAAACCGUACUGUGAGACGGACUACCAAAACCUCUUCGCCCCUCGCUGUGGCUACUGCAAGGGUCCUAUUAUUCAGAACAUUUUAACAGCGAUGGAUCAAACCUGGCACCCAGAACAUUUCUUCUGCUCCCACUGUGGAGAUCUAUUUGGACCUGAAGGGUUUAUGGAAAAAGAUGGUAAACCAUAUUGCCCCAGGGAUUUCUACCGCCUCUUUGCACCCAAAUGCUCUGGUUGUGGAGAACCAGUGAAGGAGAACUAUCUGUCUGCAGCCAAUGGAACCUGGCACCCCGACUGCUUUGUCUGUGCGGACUGUUUGAAGCCAUUUAAAGAUGGUUGUUUCUUCGAGAUGGAUGGUCGACCGCUCUGUUCUCAGCACUAUCAUACUAGACAGGGGACUUUGUGUGGGACCUGCGGAGAACCCAUCACUGGCCGAUGCAUUGCUGCUCUCGACCGCAAGUUUCACCCUGAGCACUUUCUGUGUGCAUUCUGCCUUCGACAGCUCAGUCAGGGUGUGUUUAAAGAGCAGGGAGGGAAGCCGUACUGCUCGGUAUGUCACACAAAACUCUUUCAGUAAAACUCUGCAAGCAUCCUCUGAACAUAAAGUAAAAAGUAAGUGUUAUUUGAAGUAUGUUCUAUCUGCUUUAAGGCUUUCAAAAGAAUAUUUAACCAUCGUGCCAUAAAAUGUAUACUGCACUCAGGAAAAACUACAAAAACAAGUCAAAUGUGCAACAGUUCUAAAAGAAUAAAGUGAGAUUUGGAUCGAACAACAUUGGUAUGCUUCCUAUAACAUCUUUUUUUUGUCUCAGUUCUGCUGGAUGAGACAAUGAAAUAUUGACUGUGACUUUAAUUGUGUGCUUAGGUGAAUACCAUAUCAUAAUAAAAUAAACAGACAUCACUGCAGGCCAUGAGGAGAUGGUGGGGUUUGUGAUUACAUAAGGGUUUGAAGACUCAAGAUUCUAAUUGACUUAAUACCAUCUGUGUUUUCAUAACCACUGCAUUACAAUGACACCCGAGAAAUGUUUUCCAUAAACAUUUAAAAAGGUUCAAAUAACACCAGGCAUUGUUUUCUUUUCUGAAAAUACAUAAAUACUACAGACGCAAGGCAAGAUUGUUCAUGUCAAUGAGGCGACAGCCCAUAUAAACUGCAAUACAGUCUUGACAGAACAUACAGUACAGUAUACUGUAUAUGCGUACAUACUUAACAGUAUAUAAACAAACACUUGUUUUUAGAAAAUAUAUCUUCAAUAUAAAAUGUUUGAAAAACCUAUUAAAAAUGUUCUUUUGAAAUGUA